AUGGAGAAGAAGUUGAAAUCGGUGCAACUGAAAAGGCAUCAAGCGGUCGAAUUGGUGAAAAGUAUAGAACAGUUUACGAUCGGCUACGUCGAGGAAAAUGCCAGUGAAAUACCAGUGUGUUUGGAACAACUAGAAAGGUAUUAUGAGGACUUCCUACAUGCAAAUGCGAAAGUGAUGGAACUCGAUGAGGAGGCCACAGAUGCGAGUGUAACUGAGCGGUGUGAUAUGGAUACACGGUAUCGUCGCGUUAAGGGCUUUCUUCUACGAAAGCAACCACCUCCUACGGCCGCGCAAAAUAUGUCGAAUGAGUCGAUGCUAUUAGCGAGCUCGACACUCAUUAGUUCGGGACGAUCAGGUGCAGUAAAUUUGCGGCUUCCAAAAAUCGAAUUGCCUACGUUCGAUGGCGAUUCCACCAAGUGGUUAACGUUCCGCGACCGAUUUGUGGCGAUGAUCGACAGUGCCAGUGAGAUACCGAAUAUAAUGAAGCUGCAGUAUCUGCUGUCCUCCUUGAAGGGCGAGGUUGGUUUGCUUUUCGAGCACACCACAUUGACAGCAGACAAUUACGAGGUGACGUGGGCUGCCUUGCUGAAGCGGUACGAUAAUCCACGUACGCUGAUCCGGGAGUACUAUCGGAAAAUUCAUCACCUGCCGGCAGUGAGCUGUGACAACGUGGACGAUUUGGCGCUGCUCGUUGAUGAAUUCACGCGGCAUGUGAACGGGCUGAAGAAGCUCGACGAACCGGUGGACACCUGGGACACGCCGCUCGCCAACCUGCUUCUGAUGAAGCUGGAUUCGUCGACCAUUCUGGCAUGGGAGAACCACUCAGCGCAACAUAAAAAAGAUAAGUACAAGGAAUUAGUAGACUUUUUGCAAGAUCGUGUACGAAUAUUAAAAUCAUCGCGCGAGUUUUCCAAUAGCGGUGAAGGCAGUUUGAGAAUGGUGGCCGGCAACAGAAGGGUCUCCGACCAUAGGCCGAGAAUUGUGGGCAAUGCUGCAACUGCAAGGAGAACUUCGCCGAAUGUUUCAGCUCAACAGUGUGUUUUGGGUUGUGCAGAGCUUCACAAUCUGCGCAAUUGUCCUGCAUUCUUGCGAAAGGACGUACAGCAACGCCGUGAAGUAGCCACCCGUGAGCGACUGUGUUGGAACUGCCUCAAUCGCAGUCAUCAUGUGAGGGAUUGUCGUUCCGCGUUUAAAUGCACUACGUGCAACGCACGCCAUCACUCCUUGCUGCACGUAACGCCAAUUGUCACAAUGGUUGCGCAGUCGGAUGAUGAAGUGGUUCUGCUGGAAACAGUCCAACUACAACUGGUAGAUGAUCAUGGCAAUAAACAUACAGCACGAGCACUGUUAGAUUCCGGAUCGAUGUGCAACUUUAUCUCCGAAUCUAUGGCCCAUCGACUGUUGACACCGCUGUCCAAAGUAAGCAUUGCUGUAUCGGGUAUAGGGCAAAUCAAACAGCACGUGAAGGGUUCCAUCACAGCGACCGUUCGAUUGCUAGGAGAAGACUUCCAUUCGUCAAUGGAAUUUCUAGUGCUCAAGACUCCGUCAGCGGAAAUUCCAACCAUUCCCUUAAACAUUGCGAAAUGGAACAUCCCAAACGUACAGUUGGCAGACUCGUCUUUCCACGUUCCGGGAAAGGUCGAUGUUGUAAUUGGUGGAAACACGUUCUGGGAGAUACAUACUGGAAGAAAACAGUCAUUGGGUAACGGAAGGCCAUGGCUGAUAGAAACUGCGUUUGGAUGGGCGGUCUCGGGGAAUACUUCCCAACUUGCUGGCCCCAAUCUACGAUUGUGUCACACGGCCGCCAACGAAGGUGCCAUCGAACGCUUGCUCCAGCGGUUUUGGGAGGCUGAGAGUAUUAUGGAAGGUCCUGCCUUGUCAAUUGAGGAGGACAUGUGCGAAAAACAUUACGUAGCUACCACGAGCCGUAAUGCACAAGGUCGCUACAUUGUGUCUUUGCCGCGAAGCCCCAAACCUGAAAGAACGCUGGGUUUGUCAAAAGAGAUAGCAGAUCAUCGUUUACUGGGUGUAGAACGUCGACUGAAGGCCAAUCCUGAAAUGGAAAGGGAAUAUAUUAAAUUUAUGAGAGAGUAUGAGUCGUUGGGACACAUGAUCAAACUCACGGAACCCGUUGAUGACAACAAACCACAUUGCUACUUUCCUCAUCACGCGGUAGUCAAAGAGACCAGUACAACAACCAAGGUGCGUGUUGUUUUUGAUGCAUCCUGCAAAACAACAUCUGGCUACUCGCUAAACGAUACUCUGCUGAUUGGUCCAACAGUGCAGGAUGAUCUGCUUACAAUCAUCCUACGCUUUCGAAAACACGCUGUCGCAAUAGUGGCAGACGUAGAGAAAAUGUACCGGCAGAUUCGUCAUUGUGAAAACGAUCGAAAUCUAUUGCGCAUACGUUACCGUGAAUGUCCCUCCGAUCCCAUUUCCACGUAUGAGUUGCAAACGGUGACCUACGGUACCGCAACAGCACCAUUUCUAGCUACUCGAACGCUACAACAAAUUGCGCACGACCACAAACAAUACCCUUUGGCAGUCGACCCAGUGCUACAUGACUUUUAUGUGGAUGAUUUGUUGACUGGAGCAGAAGAUGUAGUAGAGGCCGUUGGAAUGCGAACGCAAAUUUCGCAAAUGCUUGAAUCGGCAGGUUUCCUCUUGAAGAAGUGGGCAUCUAACGUCUCCGAAGCGCUUGAAGGAGUUCCGAGCGACGAUCUAGCGAUCAAACCAAUGGACCUGCAAGAGGAAUGGAGAAAGCUGCACAAUACAUUGUACUCGCUACGCGAAUUACGAGUGCCUCGGUUUGUUUCACAAUCCGGCACAGAAGACCUGCAGCUACAUGUAUUCGCUGAUGCUUCACAAGGAGCAUAUGGAGCAUGCUGCUAUGUACGAGCAGUAUCCGCAAGAGGCAUCCAGGUCAGAUUACUAGCUGUCAAGUCCAAGGUGGUAGCGUUAGCAAACACGAACUCAAUCGCCCGGUUGGAGUUGUGUGCAGCACGGCUAGCAGUACACCUGUUUCAGAAGGUGGUUUCUGCACUCAAGGUGUCAGCUACGGCUAUCUGUUGGACAGAUUCGAUGACAGUAAUGCACUGGCUGAACUCAUCACCGCGUCGCUGGAAACCAUUUGUGGCCAACAGGGUGGCACAAAUACAGGAAGAAACGCGUAUCUCCAGCUGGCGCCAUGUUCCUGGAGUUGAUAACCCGGCGGAUGACAUCUCGCGCGGGCUGAGUCCGGAAGAAUUGCUGCAGUGUACACGUUGGUGGCAUGGACCGAGUUGGCUGUCCUACGGACAAGAGAAGUGGCCCCAUGAUCAACCAGCGAUGAAGGAAGGCGAGGCUGACAUCGAAGAGCGACUGGCAGUCUCACACAUUGUCACUACAUCUACGAUGUGUGAUUUUAGCAACAUACUGUUCGCCAAAUACUCAAGGUAUGGCAAGUUAAGGAGAGUUGUGGCUUUCUGCUUGCGGUUCAUCACAACGCUUAAGGCAACCAAGGCAUCAUCGUGCAAGCGCGUUAAGGUAAAAGCGGACAUCAAGACGUUGCUGCACUCCGUUCCACCGCUUACAGCAGAGGAGCUACAGCAAGCCGAGCUGCGUUUGUGCCAGCUAGCACAACAGGAGUCGUUCGCGGAAGAGCUGGUCGAUCUACAACGAGGGAAACAGAUUAGUACGAGAUCGAAGCUGAAGUGGUUGUCCCCAUACAUCGACGCACAGGGUGUGUUACUUGUCGGUGGCCGGCUAGGUAAUGCCAACAUCCCAGAGGCAACGAAGCAUCCGACAGUCCUUGCAGCAUCACAUCGUCUGUCAGUGCUAUUGGCAGAAAGGGUCCAUCAGCAGGAAAUGCACGCCGGACCACAAGCAAUGUUAACCAUACUGCGGCAGAAGUUUUGGUUAAUUGGAGGCCGAAAUAUGGUAAAGCGUGUGUAUCACCAGUGCCACACUUGCUUUAGAAACAAGCCGACGUUGGUGAAACAGGCGGUAGCGGAUUUGAGUCACGGGUAA